AUAUCCUAUUUUAGAAAUGGAGGCGGCAACAAGGACAACUACAAUAAAGGCGGAUACAGUAAUAGUGGCGGAGGAGGCGGUGGUGGAAAUGAUAUGAUCACUCAAGAAGAUACCAUAUUUGUGUCGGGAAUGGAUCCAUCCACUACCGAAAUGGAUAUUGAAACACACUUUGGUGCGAUUGGUGUAAUAAAGAAAGAUAAACGCACUAUGAAACCGAAAAUAUGGCUUUAUAAACAUAAAGAUACUGGGCUUUCAAAAGGAGAGGCUACCGUUACUUAUGACGAUAUUAACGCUGCGCAGUCUGCCAUCGCCUGGUUUGAUGGCCGCGAUUUUAAUGGAAGUAUUAUAAAAGUUUCACUAGCACAAAGGCAAAAUAAUUGGAAUAAAGGUGGUCGCGGCGGUGGUGGCGGCGGCGGCGGAGGAGGUGGUUUUGGUGGUCGAGGUCGUGGCGGUGGCGGCGGCGGAGGCGGUGGUGGUGAUCGUGGAGGUGGUAGAUUUGAUCGCGGAGGCGGUGGUAGUCAAGGUGACUAUGAUUCAAACCGUGGUGGAGACAGAGGUGGACGCGGCCGUAUGGGCGGCGGUGGUGGUGGUGGUGGAGGCCAUGGAGGCGGCGGCGGUGGUGGUGCUCCACAACGUGAAGGCGAUUGGAAAUGUAGUAGCUGUACUAAUACCAAUUUUGCAUGGCGCAGUGAAUGUAAUAGAUGCAAAAAUCCUAAGGACUCCUCUGGCGGCGGUGGUGGUGGUAGUGGCGGCGGCGGCGGCGGCUAUGGUGGUAAUUCUGGCGGCGGUGGUUUCGGUGGUGGAUAUGGUGGAGGUAACAAUGAUCGCGGCAACAGUGGCGGCGGUGGUGGUUACCAAAAUAGAGGAAAUAGUGGUGGCGGUGGCGGCGGCGGAUAUGGCGGUGGUGGAGGUUACGGCGGAGGAAAUGAUCGUCGAGGAGGAAGCGGUGGAGGUGGCGGCGGUGGUGGUCGCCGUGGUGGCGGCCCAAUGCGCAACGACGGCGGUGGCGGCGGUAAUCGUAAUCGACCGUAUUAACCCUAUUAACCCUAAUAAACUAUUCAAAAUGUCUGUUUUAAUUUAAGAUAUUGCAGUUUCGUAUAAGUUCGACAAUUUAUUUAUAACAAUUAUAUGACACAUGUUUACUAUAAUCAACUGAAGUACAUUAAAAUACGAUAUUUUAAAUAAAUUCCACAUUUAUUUUAAUUUUAAA